AUGGCGCUAGUCAAGGGCAAAGUUGAGGACGGUCAUCGGGAUCUUAGAGCUAUCUAUGCGGGUGACGAAUUGACACAGGAUAACCUGCUACAAUUUCAGUUCCCAGCGGCGUACAACUUUAAGGACGUCGUUGGUAUCCCCGAAGAGGACCAGGCCCACUCCAGGGGGUUGGACGUGCUGGUAAUUUUAAUUCGCCGAAUUGUCAGGCAGCUGCCUCUGGCUUAUCGAGAUAUGGAAGACGAAACCAUUCGAAGACAAGAGAAAACAAAUCCACUUCUGCGGCUGGCGAUGGCGGACUUCAGCUCGACUGACCCACAGCUCGUUCAACUUGCCAGAUUCGAGGCCCUCAAGGCCUUUUAUGAAGGUCCUUUAAGGGAAAAGGACUUGUCCUUUGCCGCUCUGGUAGAGCAUCAGCUGAUGCGCAAGACCUUCUGGCAACGACCCGGCUUACUGCUAUUAAAGCAGGAGGUCCUAGUGCGAGAAAAAGGCGUAUGGAAAAAAGGGAGCUUAGAUAUCCAAGAUAUCGUCGAGAACAGCCUCGUCGACUUUACGACAGGAAACCUUGGGGAGGUUAUCUCAAACAGGUUUGGAACCUUCGGCGACGCUGAUGAUAAUGUCCUCGUUAAGCAGUGUGGUUUUCCAGGGAUCAUACGAAUCCGAUAUAACGUCAACGCGAGCGAUCCGAAGCGCUACCAGGAUCUCCGCAAGAUCAAGGUAGACAUGAGACGCCCGGAGAAGAAAGCUUCCGGCAUGUGGGGGUUGACAGAGCCCAGUGCAGCCUUGACGACAUUCCGCCUGAUAGCCGAGGUCCGCCUAUCUAGCUACAGGGGCCAUGAUUCUAUCAGGACGUACACGGCGGAGGGGCAAGUGAUUCCUAUUCCAAGUUCCCUUCCCAAUACGCACCGAAGGACGCCGCUAGGUGAUGAUGAUUGCUACAUGUUGUACUACGCGCAAGGCGUGGAUGACAUCCCCGGCGAGGAUAUGUACUCUGAGACGCCGUCCAACUUCUCGACGUUGAAAGCUAGUAUACUUCACGAUGCCGCGCAUGCUAACUUCGGAGAGCCGCCGCAUCAACAGGCAUCGAAGCACGAGGCAAACCGUUAG